GUCCCACUCCCACGCAAAGCAGGCAGGCAAGCACCCGCAAAUCUCCCUCACCUCCCCAACCCCCAAGGAACCCCCCACUCCCCGUGAGGGCGCGAGAUCUCUCUCCCCCCCUCAGAUCCGCCUCCCGGACACCGCCAGUCCCGGGCUCCCGCCGACGCCGACGCCGCCAUGUCGCAAAACCACGGGGACACGAUCCCGCUCAACGCGUCGUCCGCGCAGUCGGACAUGGACGAGAUCGAGAGCCUCAUCUACGCGGCGCCCUCCGCCACCGUCCUCCCGGCGCGGCCGACCUCCCCUCCGCGCGCCUCCAUCCCGGUCUCCACCUCCCCGCUCCCGGCCCCCGCGAAGCCGCCCCUCCCCGCCUCCUCCAUCCCCAUCUUCGUGCCCCAGGCGCCGCCUGCCUCCUCGGCCGCCCCGCCCGCGUCCGUCUCCGUCGCCAUCGCGUCCGACGGCUUCGGCUCCGCGCCCAACACGCUCACCGAGCCCGUCUGGGACACCGUCAAGCGCGACCUCGCCCGCAUCGUCAGCAACCUCAAGCUCGUCGUCUUCCCCAACCCCAACCGCGAGGACCCCGGCAAGGCGCUCAGGGACUGGGACCUCUGGGGCCCCUUCUUCUUCAUCGUCUUCCUCGGACUCACGCUGUCCUGGUCCGCCUCUGUUAAGAAGUCUGAAGUUUUUGCUGUUGCAUUCGCUGUCCUGGCAGCUGGGGCUAUAAUUCUAACACUAAAUGUUCUGCUUCUGGGUGGGCACAUCAUCUUCUUCCAAAGCCUCAGUCUUCUUGGCUAUUGUCUGUUUCCUCUGGAUGUUGGAGCCCUAAUUUGCAUGCUGAAGGAUAGCGUCAUACUAAAGAUCAUCGUCGUAACAGUCACUCUGGCGUGGAGCUCCUGGGCUGCCUAUCCGUUCAUGAGUGCUGCUGUCAACCCAAGGAGAAAGGCUCUGGCCCUAUAUCCUGUCUUCCUCAUGUAUAUUUCAGUUGGGUUCCUCAUAAUUGCCAUAGAUUAAUCCUGGGGGGUGAGAAUUGUAGCAACUCCGUAAGAUUUUCCGCAUUGAACCACCAGAAUAUAUACAGGUUUGAAUACAUUGUUCCCCUUAUGGAGGCUUUGCUUAUUGUUUUGUCUGAGAUUUUGGCCUUCACAUGAGGGAAGCGGCAAGGCUGUAAAAUUAGUCAAAAAUCUAUAUAUGUUGACUGUUGUAAAUGGCAUCUCGCUCCUGUCUUGGACCACGUAAUUGACUACUUCAAACUCUCUUAAACAGCUAUUAUAUGGUGUUGUGUCGUGACUCGUGAAA